CGCGACUUCCUACUAGAUGGUCGUCUGUACUGUACGACAACGUGAUCGUAACUACGACUAGCAUGUGGUGAACAUUUACAAAUAAGUGAAGUUAAUUAAUAUUUAUGUUACAAGGGUGUUAUAUUUGUCAAUACAAGUUUGCAAUUGAUCGGAGAAUGUGCCUUAACUUCUGACUGAUCGCUCGGCCGGCACGGGCAUGGCGUACUACCGUUGCGGGCCGACGGCCAUCGGCAGCCGCGCCUCUUGGUCGGUGACGUCGCCCGCCGACCAGAACACCUUCGAGCGCCCGCUCAGUGGAAACUUCGACAGGAUCUUCAAUGCGUUCGAGAGGACCAACGCGUUCGAGUACGUGCGCAGUACUUUUGAGGGCGGGGCGGAAGUGGUGGAGGAGCGGGGCACGGGGCGUACUGAGGCGCUGGUGCGGCGCGUGAGCAGCAGUUUCGAGCGCGCUGAUUGCGCGCUGGCGGCGCAGACACCCUGUGCGGCUGAUGAGGAUUACUACAGGGAGAAGAUCCUGUACUCGCAGGCGAGGCAGCUCUUCCCGCUGCAGGAGGACCUCGCCGACUGGAUCAAUAAGACUAUCGGCACGAAUUACCUGACCGGGGAGAAUUUCCUGGAGGCGUUAGACAACGGCGCCGAGCUGUGUCAGCUGGCGGCUGUCAUACAACAGCGCGCUAAGGAGGCACUCGACCAGGGCCUCGUCGUCGGGCCAGUGCCUCAGCUGCGCGGACGCUGCUGGCAGCGCGCAGCGCGGCGGAGCUUCUUCAGCCGUGACAAUGCCGACAACUUCCUCACCUUCUGUCGCGAUCUCGGCGUCCACGAGAACCUGCUUUUCGAGAGCGAUGACCUAGUGCUGCACAACCAGCCGCGUCAGGUGGUGCUGUGCCUGCUAGAGGUGGCGCGGCUGGCGACGCGCUAUCGGCUGGAGCCACCGGGCCUGGUGCAGUUGGAGCGGGAGAUCGCGCAGGAGGAACGCGACUCCGGUCUCGACUCUGCCAUGUCCACCGCCGCCUGGCAAUUCCGCGACCUCACGCCGCCGCCUCACGACACACGCGACACACAGCCCGAGGAGACUCGACACAAGAACACAGCAGAGCCUUCCACGACGGCACAGGACCAGAAUGACUGCCAGCCGGGCGGCGACAACACGGACGCGGAGAGUACGCGCUCCGACGCCGCCAGCAGCGACUCCGACGUCCCGCUCAGGCCCACCAACGAGCUCGACAAGCGGGUGGCGUUGGUGACGCGGCUGCUGGAGCGCGGCUGCAGCUGCUCCUCGGCGCGCUGCUCGCGCCUGCUCAAGGUGAAGAAAGUGGGCGAAGGCCGCUACAACAUCGCCGGAAGAAACGUCUUCAUACGGCUGCUGAAGGGUCGGCACAUGAUGGUGCGCGUUGGCGGCGGCUGGGACACGCUGGAACAUUUCCUGUCGCGCCACGAUCCCUGCCAGGUGCGCCUCGUGGCCCCCGCGCACAUGGCCGGCGCCCCGCCCGCGCCCGCGCCCCCACCCGCCUCUACCGGCACUGCACCGCUCACCCCAGACCUCCCACUCGACGAACUCGACGCCAAGCUCUCCCCCAUUAGAAUUUCCCCGGCCACCAGCAAAACCUCCAUAGCCAGCAGGGACCGCUCCGGCACCACCACACCGGUAGAUAGCAAAGCUUCCACUAGUGGUAAGUCCUCGCCGACGGGCGGGACCGCUCCGAACAAAAAAGACGGCGUCGUGGUCUCCUCCACGCCGAACAAGGCACGCCUAAAGUCCGCACUCACGCUGCCCAUCAAAGCGGACGUCCCGCGCGCCCGCAAGCAGUCCGCACCCAGCUUCAGCACCCCCAACACCCCUACCAACCGGUCGAACCGCGCCCCCGGCGAGCUGCGGAAGUCUCUCACUUCAAACACUUUGCUAAAUGCGCCAAAGAAAUCUAGAAGUAUGAGCCUCGGGGUGCAGAAGGACGAGAAGCCGUAUGGCGCGGAACGGUCGGGUAAGAGCAAGAGCCGCAGCACGACCGCGACGCCCGCGCCCACGCCCACGCUCGGCAACCGCAAGGCUCGCAGCCAGAGUCUCGCCUCUACGCCGGUCAACGAGCCGCGCAGGAGCUUCGCCGCCAGCAACGGGUAUGCCAAGAAAACGCGCAGCAUGAGCCUGGCGACGACGGCGGACUUCGGCAAGCCGCUAGUGAAGAGCGUGUCGCUGUCGACGGGCGGCGCGCCCAUGACGCAGGCCGCCAUCGAGGAGAGCAUCCGGCUCUCGCUGGCCGCCACGCUCGUCGACGACUCCUGCCCCAAGAGGCCCUUCCUGCACAUCAAAGCCAAAUACAGAAGUCCGCCUCCGCGGGAAGUUCCCCCCAGAUAACUUUCUACAACUCCGUUCAUUCCACUAGUUGUACAGUCUGACGCGAGGUGGGGGUGGGAGGUGUCCGAGGCAAGCCCUAAGUUCGCGAGCUAAGCAUUAAGUAGAUCUCCUAAGUAAUCUCAUUUGUUUAACCACGUAGCUAUAAGUUGCAAAUCACGUUUAUUAACUCGAAGGAGCCUAGUCAUAAUGAGUUUGUUUAAAAAUAUUGUAUGUAUUAUUAUUAUUAUUUGUAAUA